UAACACAGUCGCUGUUACUGCGAGGUGAAAUGGCGGAGAAAGGAAAUCAGCUGGACAGAGAAACCUUCUCUUGUUCCAUCUGUGUGGAUCUACUGAAGGAUCCGGUGACUAUUCCCUGUGGACACAGCUACUGCAUGAACUGUAUUAAAUCCCACUGGGAUGGAGAGGACCAGAAGGGAAUCUACAGCUGCCAUCAAUGCAGGAAAACUUUCACACCGAGACCUGUCCUGGAGAAAAACACCAUGUUAGCAGUUUUAGUAAAGCAGUUGAAGAAGGCUGGACUCCAAGCUGCUCCUGCUGAUCACUGCUAUGCUGGACCUGAAGAUGUGGUCUGUGAUUUCUGCUCUGGGAGAAAACUGAAAGCCAUCAAGUCCUGUUUAUUCUGUCUGGCCUCUUACUGUGAGAAACACCUUCAGCCUCAUUAUGAUGUGGCUCCAUUAAAGAAACACAAGCUGGUGGAGCCCUCCAAGAACCUCCAGGAGAACAUCUGCUCUCGUCAUGAUGAGGUGAUGAAGAUGUUCUGCCGUACUGAUCAGAAGUGUAUCUGUUAUCUCUGCCCUGUGGAUGAACAUAAAGGCCACGACACAGUCUCAGCUGCAGCAGAAAGGACUGAGAGGCAGAGAGAGCUGGAGGUGAGUCGACAAGAAAUCCAGCAGAGAAUCCAGGACAGAGAGAAAGAUGUGAAGCUGCUUCAACAGGAGGUGGAGGCCAUCAAUCACUCUGCUGAUAAAACAGUGGAGGACAGUGAGAAGAUCUUCACUCAGCUGAUCCGUCUCAUCCAGAAAAGAAGCUCUGAUGUGAAGCAGCAGAUCAGAUCCCAGCAGGAAACUGAAGUGAGUGGAGUCAAAGAGCUUCAGGAGAAGCUGGAGCAGGAGAUCACUGAGCUGAAGAGGAAAGACGCUGAGCUGAAGCAGCUCUCACACACAGAGGAUCACAACCAGUUUCUACACAACUACCCCUCACUGUCAGCACUCAGUGAGUCUACACACUCAUCCACCAUCAAUAUCCGUCCUCUGAGAUACUUUGAGGAUGUGACAAUGGAUCCAAACACAGCACACACACAUCUGUUACUGUCAGAGGGAAACAGAAAGGUGACAUUUAUUAAACAAGAUCAGUCUUAUUCUAGUCAUCCAGAGAGAUUCACUGAAUACUUGCAGGUUCUGAGUAGAGAGAGUCUGACUGGACGUUGUUACUGGGAGGUGAAAGUUAGAGGACAGGUUUCUGUAGCAGUCGCAUACAAGAAUAUCAGCAGAAAAGGAGAUGACAGCAGAUUUGGAUGUAAUGACAAAUCCUGGUCAUUAUAUUGUUUCCAAAACAGUUCUGAGUUUUACUACAACAAGAUCAGAACCUCCAUCUCAGGUCCUCGGUCCUCCAGAGUAGGAGUGUAUCUGGAUCACAGAGCAGGUAUUCUGUCCUUCUACAGCGUCUCUGGAACCAGGACUCUCCUCCACAGAGUCCAGACCACAUUCACUCAGCCGCUCUAUGCUGGAGUUGGAAUUUAUUCUGAUCCUGGAAGUGUCAAGUUUUGUUAACCUGAUUAGACAAAAGUAACUGAGGCUUCAGAUUAUUUUAUAAUCAUUUUGUGUCAUUGUUCUUGUCUUGUCAA